AUGAACUGCAGAGUACCUAGGGUCAUUCGACAAUGUUGCCAAGACAUGCUACAGCAACAGUGGGCUCGCCAAUUGCCUAUCAUACAAGCACAGUCGCCGGCACGGGUCGCCACCGUUGGCCUCGAGUCCGCCGUCAAUGAGGUUGCUGCUAGAGAUGGCGCCCGACUUGUAGUGAUAGAUUUUGCGGCUGGAGGUGGCGGUCCCACUCCGAUCUCCGAACGUCUUAUCAACGCUGAGCGUAAAGCCAACGGAGAUGCCCCACUCGAAUUUCUCAUGUGCGACCUGUACCCGAACUUCCCAGCUUGGAAUGAGCUCUGCAAGAAAUCAGACAAUCUGGGUUUCAUUCCGGAGAGUGUCGAUGCUGCAUCACCGCCGCCACGAGCUCUUAGUGUCAACACAAAGCGGAGGAUUUCGUGGACAGACCAGCAACCAGAGGGCAAGAGUGACACUCGCAUUUUCCGCCUUUUCAAUCUGUCAUUUCAUCACUUUGAUGACGAGACCGCGAAGAAUAUUCUCCACAGCACGCUCAGGAGCGCCGAAGGCAUUGCCAUUAUCGAGUUGCAAGAUCGUCGCAUCGGCUGUCUGGCCAUGAUGGUUUUCAACUUCUUCCUCUCGCUAUUGAUGACAUGCUCUUGGUUUCCGCCGUUCUGUCCAAAUCGCCAGCAGCGCCGGCAGAACCGAAUCCAGAAUCUGCUCACUUAUACAUUCAUAUUGCCCUUUAUCCUCUGCUGGGACGGUGUCGCCAGUUGCCUGCGUACUCGCGAGUUCGAGGAAGUUAUGGAGCUUAUCGGCGAGCAUUGCGAUAUUGCAGGGUGGACUUUUAGUUGGAGGAGACAGAUGCAUACCGCGCCCUUUGGGUACGUGAGUUGGAUUACGGGGGUUAAGAAGCAGAGAAGACUUGAUAGCAUGCAGGACAGCAGGAAGAGUAGCAUGAAGGUGACAUCAGCAUUAUCGGGGUCUGGGUCUGGAUCGGGCUCUGCAUCGAUGACUGGAGAAAGCUCUUUGUCAGGAUCUAGUUCAAGAUUCGUGUCAGCACCGCCGUCGGCUUUUGGGUUUGCAGAUGCAAUGUAGCGUGGAGUGUGUGCUUGAAGCAAGAGUUGGGUUCCUGCUGUCUGGUUGGUAUGAGGAACGAUUAAUGUACAUCAGUCAUCCGUGGAAGGCUUGUUUUCA